ACGGCAUUUUUGUUCAAACUUACGACUUCCAACUUCCUUGAUAGAUCAAUUCAAGUUAUAUAAUAAUAAAUACGGGGAACACGACGAUGACAUAAAAAAGGCGUUUUGUGACUACAGUACAUCUAUUGGAACCUAGAGCUACCUCAAAGCAGCAAAGCUAUGCAUGUGGAGCGUAUUCACUACGCCCACAUUUGCUGAGAUUUCUGUAGAUAGAAAAAGCUUCCUUCCAGCUAUUGCGUUUUUGACCUGUUAACCCUACACCCUACAUUGUGAAAUAACCUGUUAAAAACGGUUAAUUAAUUUAGAAAAACGGGUUAUUCAAUUAACCGGUUAGUUUUGCCCAUCCCUACCCAGUGGCACAGUAAGAGCCAGCAACGGCGCCAACUACAUAAAAAUGUCAAGUAAAAUUUUUGUAAAUAAUUGGUUGAAAAUAAUAUUUAUUAUUUAAAUAAAUUAAUACUCAUAGUAAUGCUCUCUAGAAUUAAGCCAAGAGAGUGUGUGUUAGCUACUAGUGACGUAAGUUUCAGUUGAAGGAGUAUUGAAAUAUGGAUUACCAGAAAAAAUAACCAAUAAAGACGUUGGUUGUUUGUGGAGAUUUAUAGAAAUAUUGGAAAAACAACUAUUGUUAAGCAAAAUGAAUAAGCUAAGUAACGUAGAAUAUGAUCUUGACACCUCUGGAGGGCUUAUGGAUCAAAUCCAAGCCCUCAUCGCUCCUCCUCAAAGUGAAGAAUCAAAAGACAAGAAAAAACAGUCAACUGAGCAUCCAUAUUUCCGGAGGCCUGGCAAAGGUCACAACCAUGACAGUUGCGAUGCUUGUGGGGAAGGUGGUGACCUGAUCUGUUGUGACAAAUGCCCAUCUAGUUUUCAUUUGGGUUGCCAUGACCCUCCACUAGAGGAGGACGACAUUCCGCAAGGCGAGUGGCUGUGCCAUUCCUGCAAAUACCUGAGAGCACACUCCAUAAGCGGCAUCGCGCCCGCGACCCGUUCGAAACGGUCUAACAGUACGCCACUGGCAGUAGCAGCCGCGUCAUGCUCCUCAGCCAAUAAAAAGACACGGCUCAGCCCCAUGGACAUGCUCAUCGAAGCCGCCACAUCGAUGAACCCUAAGGAGUUCGAGUUGCCUAGGAGCAUGAGCGUACCAUGCGUGUUUCCAGGCACUGAUAAAGAAGAAGUUCCAUACUCAAAAUUUGGGCGCAAGAACAGCAAACCGUCAAAACAUCACGUGAAGGGCCCGGGCGGUAUUGUGCCAUUGCCAGCGAAGAAAUGCAGCGAAUGUAGAAAAUCAUGCAGAGUCGCACCUUUGAUCGCUUGCGAUUUCUGCGAGAGUUUCUACCACUUGGACUGCCUGGAUCCGCCAUUGACUUCACCGCCUACUGGCAGGUGGAUGUGUCCCAUGCACGUCGAAAACUAUUUGGACUCAAAACUUCUGACGUCAGUAUCCGCAACAGAGCGGAUAAAACUAUGGGACAAAUUCACCAGCACGCCCGUGGAUCAAGAUGCCAUAAAAUUGCAAUUUUUUCGUAAAAUACACAGGAAAAACCCACCUUUUCGGAUAAAAACCGCUCUACCGAAGCGGAACACUGUUCAGGUUCCAGAAAUGGUCCGGUACCAUUAUAAAAAACCGGUUAGUUUAUUGCCUCGCUUAAGUGAUGUGCUCAGAUUAGAAUAUGUCAAUGAAAAACGAAAAGUUCCGACAGAAGUGGUGAAAAUUGAAGAGUCUGGAAAUAGUUUAGAGGAGGUGAAACUGGAGUCGGUGGAGGAACAGAGUGGUGAUGCGAAUUGUGAUAUAGUUAAAGGUAAAACAAAAGCGUCUAGUGUUAAUGAGAGCAAUGGUGAAAGGGUUCCUGUUGUGAAUGGUUAUGUGAAGAACGAACAUUUGAAUGGUGGAUAUUUUGAGAAGGAGCUCAUCAGAAAAGAACAUAAUUUCAUCACGGAGAUUAUUUCUGGAAUGACUACUGAAAUUGAACUUGAACUGAAGCAGUUGGAUGACAGGUUAGUGAAGCUGUUGGCGUACCAGCAAAUCCAACAGCUACUGAACACUCCUUCAUCACAGAACGCGCUAUUCUCGCCCGCGUUCAGGGAAAAGUUCCGUCAGAUGCCGCUGCCCAGUGAAUUGCUCACCCCUGCGGACAUCGAUCGGAUAUCCAGGGUGUUCAAUAGCCCCAAGAAGAAGACCAAGCCCAAAUCCACUAUCAGAGCUAGGUAAUAUUUCUUUUUGGAAUUAACUGUCUUAACUCACACUAUAAUGAAUACCAAAAACAGUGGGAUCUGUACAAUGGCCGCGCAUUUAUAUGGAAAAACAACUAAAAGCCUGCAAAAGUAAGUGAAUUUAUGUAGUCUAAUAAAAGAAAAGUGUCAUUGUAAGGAAUGUAGUCAAAUCCGCACUACUCUUUCCUUAUCGUGACUAGCUGAGGAUUCGGUAACGGAAUAUUGGCCAGAAGCGAAGUACAUAAUAGAACGCCGUACACGCAGUGGACGAAAAGUGAAAAACAUAUAAUAAAAUCCGUGUCAUGUGGGGUAAACUGAGAUCUUACAAUAGGGAAUAUGCAUUGUUUUUUUUCGAUUCUCUGUCGAUUAUUCACGUUAAUAUAACACCGUUAAAAUAUAUUUCAUUCCUGUAUAUUUUAAUUAAAUAUUUAAAAGUACAAUGCCCCUCGUUGAUUUAAAUGCGACAUUUCUAGCAUGUCUCGCAGUGCCGUCAUAACUCAUGGUUUUUCAUUUUAUUCUAUGUUUGGUUAAUUUGCUGUCAAGUUAUGAAAGUUUCUAUUUUUGUUGUUGUUGUCUUGGCAGCGAAAUUCCCUUGCUGGUCACAGCACGUCCAAGUUCAAUCUGUAUUCACAUCCAUGUUGAAAAAUGGGCGUAACCCAUUGUAGUUAGAUAGCUCAGUGGCGGAUUCCGUGUCAUCCAGCUUGAAGCUGAUCAAACUGAGAGGUUGACAUCCAUUGACGUCUUACCUAUAUAGACCCUGCAAGUCAUUCAUAAGUCCGCCGUUUGUUAUGUUCGCGGACCUCAGUGGCGGGAAAUACCAACUUUCAUUCAUAAUUUUAUCAAAUUGACCCCAGGCUUGGAACAGCACAAGGCUCAAUGUAGGCCAUGAAGGGCUAUAAAAGCCAAUAAAUUUCUCAGUAUACUGGAUGUACAAAAAACGUCUUUCUUGUAGGUAUACUAUUAUUUAGGUGACCAUACGUCCCACUUUCGGACUCUGCCCUACUGUUCCUGACAAAAGCCUGGCGACAUAAAAAUGUCCCUCUUUUCGGUCGUGGUGUCUCCAACAAACCAUCAUCGGCCAUCAAUACAAAAAAAGAAGUGUAUUUACACAUUGUGCUUUCAUUUUAUGAUUGUAAACCAAAAUAGCAAAAUGUGUGCCUUUUGUGGUAGAUAAAAGACCCCAAUAUAGAAGUAAUAAAACACAGUAAAUACCUACUUGAAAAAAUGUUUAUUUGGUGGUUUACAAAAUAUUUUAUAUGGAGAUCAAUCAAUGCAAAAUAAAAUUUUCUUGACAUUCUUAAUAGGAAAUGUGUCAACAAAAAAUAUACCUAUCAAUUGUAAAUAUGGGAUAUCACACCAGCACAAGAUAUGUUAACAAAAGGGGAGUUGGCAAUGAACAUUGCAGGGAUUUGAAAAUGUG